AUGACCUCUUUCAAUCCCUUACCGGCGCAUCUUCAGGCGGUGCAGGAGGAGCUGGCGCCGAAUGGGGGUCAGAGUACGCCGAGCUAUGGAGGGACAGUGACGACGGGAUAUGAGUGGGAUUAUGUCAUGGGGAAGGAUGGGAAGCGGACUCCCUCUCGAUCUCCCCAGCGGUCAGCGACCGACUCACGCGUCGGCUCUCACUCCUACUCCCCAUCCCCACUGGCCACUGCCCACGCUGGCGAUGCCGGCCCGUCUUCACACCCCUCACCACCUACAGGGUACUCCCACCCUCAUUCGCCUUCAAGCGCAUCUCAAGCCUAUUCGCAAUCCCCACGAGUGACCCAAGAAGCUGCUGCGCACGUCAGCAAGAUGGUCGGACUCAGUCAAGGCGCCAGAGAUGAUGCGGAUGCUAGGGAUUCGGAUCGAAGGACCGCGAGCAGGACGCGGACGGUUGGGGAUUGGCAGUUGCAAAAGACGCUCGGAGCGGGGAGUAUGGGCAAGGUCAAGCUGGCGACCAAUAUACAUACCAAAGAAAAGUGUGCGGUCAAAAUCAUUCCUCGAUAUAGCGACGCGACACGGCGGGAGGAACCCCGCAAUGCGGAAGAGGCGGAGAAGCAGCGGCAAAAGGAGGACUCGAAGGAGGUUCGGACCAUCCGCGAGGCUGCCAUAUCUCUCCUGCUCCACCACCCCUACAUUUGCGGAAUGCGCGAAUUCAUCACCCAUACGAACCAUCACUAUAUGGUGACGGAGUUCAUCGACGGCGGGCAGAUGCUCGACUACAUCAUCUCACACGGUCGACUACGGGAACGGGCGGCGCGAAAGUUCGCUCGUCAGAUCGGCAGUGCGCUCGAGUACUGCCAUCGUAACUCUAUCGUCCAUCGGGAUCUCAAAAUCGAGAACAUCCUCAUUUCCAAGAAUGGCAAUAUCAAAAUCAUUGAUUUUGGCCUGUCCAACCUUUACUCCCCCUCUCGACACCUCUCCACCUUUUGCGGGUCCCUCUACUUUGCCGCACCGGAACUCCUCAACGCAAAGGUGUAUACUGGACCGGAAGUCGACGUCUGGUCAUUCGGGAUCGUCCUCUACGUCCUUGUCUGCGGCAAGGUCCCGUUCGACGACCAGAGCAUGCCCGCCCUGCACGCCAAGAUCAAGCGCGGUCUCGUCGAGUACCCCGCUUGGCUCUCCAACGAGUGUAAGAGCCUCUUGGCUCGGAUGCUGGUCACGAACCCGGCGGAUCGUGCGACAUUGGGCGAGGUGCUCCAACACCCGUUCAUGGUCAAGGGGUAUGAUGGGCCGCCCGAGUCCCAUCUCAUCCAGCGGGAACCGCUUCGGGCGGAAGAGCUGGAUUGGGAGGUCAUCAAUGCGAUGGGCGGAUUCACCUUUGGCGGCGCCGAGCAAAUCUACGAGGAGCUGCACUCCAUCCUCUCGUCAGAGUUGUACCUACACACCGUCUCUGCAUGGGAGGCCAAGCGGAACCGGAAACGCGGGCCGCCAACGGGCAUCGGGGCCAGCUCGAGCUCGAUGAACCUGUCGGAGAGCAGCGACUCGCCCAAAAAGAAGCGAUUCUCGGGCUUUGACCUGAAGAAGAAGCUGUUUAGGGAGGAGAAGAAGGUGGAGGAGCCGGUGGUGAGGGAAAAGGAGCGGCUUGACCCCACGCGCGCUUUCGACCCCCUCAUAUCAAUCUACUUUUUGGCGAGGGAAAAGAUGGAGCGGGAGAGGGUGUAUGGGAAGGGGCACUUUGCGUCGAGUCAAACCAGUAUCGAGCCGGUAAACGGAGGCGGAUUCGGUAUGGCCCUGCCAUCGCUGGCGGUACCUCCCACGACCCAUACGAUGGGGUACGACCCGCCCAGCUCGUCAGCUUUCGCCCCUGGUUCACCGCGUGGUGCUGGGCCUCGCGAACGCGCACUCGAUAUCCCCAACGCCGUCAUGCAGCACCCUGGCGCGGACGAGGAGAAUAGCCAAAUUGCCGACGUCCCUGUCGCGCAUCAUCGGAGACAGCCGAGUCUGUCCAACCCGCCCACACCGCUCCAGCCGAGUCUGAUGCAGAUGGAAGAGGGUCCGGGAGGGAAGAAGUUUGGGUUUAUCGGACGAGGCGGGAGAAAGGCUGUGGAGGAAGAGGGCCGGAGCGAGAUGUCGCCUAGUCCGAGCAUGCCGCUGGACACGCGCGGGGCGACGCUGAACGAGAAGAAGCACGAGCGGAGGGUGUCAGUCGGGAGCAUAUCCAACAGCAUGGGCAGACUGGGGAGGCGGGCGAGCCAGAACAAGGGGCAGAGUGGGGCCAAGACACCCGAGGUGGGGUGGUUGCCGGACCAAAAGGAGAUGGACGAGACUCCAGCGGUUCCAGCUCGCACUCGGACGCCCGGACCCAUCACCCCUCCCAGCCCUACCACCGGCGCUACCGGCAAAUCCGACGAAGAGGAGCCCGAACAGGUCAAAUCCGUUUAUCUCAAAGGCCUCUUCAGUGUCGCUACUACCAGCACGAAACCGGCCGCUACGCUCAACAAGGACAUCACCGCCGUCCUCAAUCGGAUCGGGAUCAAGUACCGGCCGAUCCGAGGCGGGUUCGAGUGUGUUCACGUACCUAGUAUUGUACUGGGCAGUGUACAGGCGGACGAGGCCAUGCUGGACCUACCAUCAACGACGGGGACGGGCUUGGCGUCGUCCAAGGGGACUAUGCGGAGACCGAGCGUCAGGCGGAAAAAGAGCAAGCAGCAGCUAGGGGAUGAAGGCAUCUCGCGGGGCAAUAGUCCGGCGCCAGCUACUACGCCGAGCCAAACGCCAACGGUCAACGGGGAGUCUCGAUUCCGGUCCGGUGGGUCCAGCGGGACUGUCAGCGCGAGCGACCAGUCAGCCACGCCGCUGAAUGGCCAGAUGGCGAAUCUCGGUAUUGGCGCGUCGGAGAAGCAAGCGGCGAGGAGUCCGGUGGUAGUGGAGGAUGAUGUUGAUGCGUGGGCGCUAGCCGCUGGGGGUGGGGUAGGAGGGAAGAUGAUUGUCAGGUUUGAAAUCAGUGUGGUGAAGGUGCCAUGGUUGCCAUUACAUGGGAUACAGUUCAGGCGGAUCUCAGGGGAUGGGUGGGCGUAUCAACAAUUGGCAAAGACGGUGCUGAAGGAGAUGAGACUAUAG